AUGAUCGGAACCUGCCGGAGGCUGCUACUCCGAUGGGUGCUCCAGUCAUCAUUUGCGGUCGGUCUGCCUCUGCUGCUGUUGUUGGUGCUACUGUUCGCAGGAUGGACGCCGCGCUGCCGGGCACUGGCCCGUUGGCCAGCGCUCGACUACAAAUCCGACCGGGCGUUCUACCCACUGAUGGUGUCCUUUUCGCGGUAUCCGUUCCACGAUGUGUACGAAACAGUGCCAGCCUGUCCCCUACCAGCCCCGCGGCCGCCACCAGCGCUAUCAUCAUCUCCAACGGCGGCCACCACCCGGGCCCUGCUGGCCAAGGUGCGCAAAACCCACCUACUCGGGGCACACCAGCGCGAAUGGCGCCAUCAGAAGCACCAGCAGUCGGUCCGGUUGCCGACAAAAAACAUCUGCCAGGGACUGAUCUACCUGCCCAGCGAGUGGGAAGCUUCCGGCCGUCGAAUGCUGCCACUGAAGAUGCGCAAGCUGCUAAAGUACUGCGGGUUCAUCUGA